AACAGAACUGCGGACAGUAACUUACGUAUUAAGCUAACUAGCUCGACGUCCGACGGAAGUAGAGUCUUAUUGAAACUGAAGUCAGUGCCACAGCCUUUCCUCUAUCGUCUGCCAGCGGCAAAGUGGCUCUCUCCCUCAGCCAAUCAGAAAGCUAAACGCGGAGACGUGCGUGAUUGCGUACCGUUACGUAAGUUCCAGGGAGGAGGAAGUGUGAUGUGGCUUUGAGUAUCAACAAAAAUGUCGGCCAUUUUCAACUUCCAGUCACUGCUGACAGUGAUUCUCCUGCUGAUCUGUACUUGUGCCUACAUCAGAGCUCUGGCUCCCAGCCUGCUAGACAAGAAUAAGACUGGGCUUCUAGGGAUUUUCUGGAAAUGUGCCAGAAUAGGUGAGCGGAAGAGUCCCUGGGUGGCUUGCUGCUGUGUCAUCAUGGCUUUUAGUAUACUGUUUCUACAAUAGCAGUCCAAAGAGAAAUGGAACGGUUGGAAAAUGAACAGACAACGAGGCAUGGACAGUUCAAUCCUAGAAGCACAACAGAAACUCCAGUGGUUGUCACUUAGAUAAUGUAAAAAGGGAGACCCAUCACCACUCACCAUAGCCAUGGAGAGUAAAGAUGUGUCUGUGUCGGUGGAGGGGUGAGCAGAUAGCCCCAGAGUGUGUCUAGAUUUCUCCCGGGACUUCAAGGUCUGUCCAUGUGUGUGCUUAUGUGGAAUGUUUACUACACAUGUGUAUGUGUCUGCAGGGGUUGGCAUUGUUUCCUCUGUUAUCUGUUGUCUAGGUUAAAUUUUUAAGAAAGAAAUUCAUGUUCUGUCAUUACUUGUGGGAUCAAAUGCUCUGGAGUUUGUCCAAACAUUUCAAGCAACUGCUAAAGAAAGCCAUUUUCCAAUUGAUUCUGUAGUUAUAUCUUUGGAAUGUGUCAUAUUUUUAUGUACUUGUUUGAAAUCCCGCCAGAGGAAGGACCGCUCAAAAUCAAAUGUUACCUGAUUGACAAGGAAGCUUAUGCUUGUAAACUGAAGUACGAGGUGCAAUUGUAAAUGAUUUUAAGCAGCCUCUGCAGAACCUGUGCCCUGUUGUUAUACUUAGAAAUGCUAAUCACAUUAUACAGUAAACAAAAAUUGUAUUAAACCUUCAGGUGUGUAAUUGUCUUACAUAUUUGCCUCGAAGAACUACAGAUGCUUUUAAAACCAGUCAGUUUGGCACUAUUUAUUAAAGAACCUUUUUUUGGAAA